GUGCAGGGAAAACCCAUGCGCGCUCGCGUGUGCCCCCGCCGACGGCCAGUAACCGCAGCGCGCCUCGCACCCCGCGGAGCCGGCCGCUCGCUGCUGAUAGCAGUGGGGUAGCUUUAUCGUCACCUGCCCUCUACGUGUACCUGCACGCGUCUACGCCGCCGCAGACUGCAAUAUAGCUGGCUACAGCCGCCUUCAAUCUGUCCACCAACCGUCCGUCACUUCCCUUCCCGUGACCAUGUCUCUCCCCGCCAACGCCCACGUUUCCACCCACCCAUGCUUGCAGGCCAAGCUCUCACAGCUGCGCUCCGCCUCCUCAGGGUCCCGCGAUGUGCAGACGCUGGUGCACGAGAUUGCCCUGAUGAUCGGCUAUGAGGCUCUGGGUGCGACUCUGACCGCGCAGCCCGGCCCCAACGACUCCUCCCCCCUCGGCUACCCCUACCCCACAACCACCACCACCCCGGCCCCAACCGCCAUCUCGCUCGUCCCCAUCCUGCGCUCCGGCCUCUCCAUGGUCGCCGCCCUCUCCUCACUCCUCCCCGCCCCCGUCCCCGUCCACCACCUCGGUCUCUACCGCGAGAAAACCACCCUGCAGCCCGUCGAAUACUACAACAACCUCCCCUACCACGCGGCACCCUCGGCCUCCAACACGGCCCCCGGCCCCGCCGACCUCGCCAUCGUCGUCGACCCGGUCAUCGCCACGGGCGCGACCGCGGCCGCUGCCAUCGAGACGCUGCGCGAGCACGGCGUGAAGCGCGUCCUGCUGAUUGCGGUGCUGGCGACAAGGGACGGGCUGGCGCGCGCGUGUGGCGAGUGGGAGGGCGUCGAGGUGUGGGUUGGUGGGUGCGACGAGGGGAUUGACGAGCGGGGGAUGAUUAAGCCUGGGUUGGGCGAUAUCGGGGAUCGGUUGUUUGGGACGAUUGGGAAAUAGGGGUCUAGAUGUGUAGACGUGUAGACUUUAUCAAAACUUGAACAUGACUGGAGUUGACAUGCAGGCGUUGUGCUAUUUGUUUGUGCUCGUGCGCUGUAUACAGACACACCUAUACACCUAUA